CAAGUGUAAGGUACGAAUAUCAAACUGCUACCAUGUCUGGACGAGGAAAGGGAGGAAAAGGUUUAGGAAAAGGAGGAGCCAAGCGUCACAGGAAAGUUCUCCGUGAUAACAUCCAAGGUAUUACCAAGCCAGCUAUUAGACGUCUAGCUCGACGAGGUGGUGUCAAACGUAUCUCCGGCCUUAUCUACGAAGAAACCAGAGGUGUAUUGAAAGUCUUCUUAGAAAACGUCAUUCGAGAUGCUGUCACCUACACUGAACAUGCCAAGAGGAAGACCGUCACUGCCAUGGAUGUCGUCUAUGCUUUGAAGAGACAAGGCCGAACCCUCUACGGAUUCGGAGGUUAAGCUUUUGCUUACCAGUCAGUCUCCCGAAGAGCACUCAAACGGCCCUUUUCAGGGCCACC